AUGCCGAUUCUGUGUCAACUGAACAUGCCCACAGGAAAGAUUGUAGCCUUGUUGGCGAUCUUUGGAACAGGUAUCAUCGCCUGUAUCGCCCCAGUCGUUCGCUUCAGCACUUUAGAUUAUCUGCGCAAGGGCACUAAAGACCUCACCUACGACUCAACUUCAUCCCUAUACUGGAUGGCGAUCGAGUUCAAUUUGGGCCUUGUCGCCGGCUCUCUCUCGUCUCUAAAGCCACUUCCCGUUUUUCGCCGCUUUGGGUCGAGCGCAGGCUCGAAAUACAAAGCAUCGACCGGAUGUACGCCACAUGAGCUUGGCGCCAUGAGCGGAACUGAUAUUAAAAAUGUCAGAAAAAAAAGCCACAGCUUAGGCAUGGGAACAAAUAUUCCGAUGGAAAGUGUUAACGAGAGCCAGGAGCGAAUUUUCCCGACCGUGUGA